AUCCCACUCAAGAUGUGAGUGGACUUGCUCAACAAACAAGUUCCUAAAGACGUGGACACAUUUAAUGUCUGCGCGUCUCUCCAAAGUGAGUGGGAGCUGAAGAAUGGAUUCAGAGGAGGGGAGGAUAUCGGUGUGGGUGUGCAGACAGGAGAAGAUCAUCCUGGGUUUAUCCAAACGCACAACCUGCUCCGACGUGGUCAAAGUUCUCCUGGAGGAUCCAAGCAGUCGGAAGCAUCUUCAAGCUGCCAGUACGCAUGACUGCUACUGCAUCGUGGAGAAAUGGAGGAGCUUCCAGAGGAUUCUCCCCAACAAAACCAGGAUAUGGCGCCUCUGGGUGGCGUGGGGGGAGCAGCGCGACCAGGUGAAGUUCGUGCUGAUGGACAGCGAGGUGUUUGUGGACAAGUGCGCAGCCAGGAGCGCAGAAGCACGGGUGGUGGUGCUCAGCAAGCCGAACCCUUUUGUGUCCAAAUGGAACACGACCUCUCCGCUGGUGGUGGAUCUUCCCCCUGAUAAACAGUGUCGCAUCGUCAGGAAAGCUUUCAGGAAGUUGGAGAAGAUGCAGCAGAAGAAACGCAGGGACUUCUCUUCUUCAUCUUCUACGGAGAAGAUGCAGAAUUUGGCUCAUCUUGUGGUCUCCCAGGAUAACACCAUCCGCCUGCAAGCUCUCAGGAUUCAGGAACUGGAUGCUGAGAUUGAAAACCGUGAGACCCAAGUCCAUGUGGACAGAACCAGAAGCCAUGGCAUCAAUUAUGUGCAGGACGCUUAUUUAUUACUGGAGGACGAUGCAGGAGCUUCCAGCCAGCAGAUGUGCUCUUUGGAGGUCUUCUUCCACUUGUGUGAGGAGCUCAUGAGGCUCCAGGAGAAGCUGUGGGAGCAGGAGGCGCUUGCCGACAUGCUGACCAUGCAGAUGGAGGAGGAGCUCAACCACCACUGGAUGCAGAGGAGGCUCCAGGAGAUGCACAGGAGCACACGUGAAGGCCAAGAGGAUCCGGUGUUGUUUUUGGAGGAGGAGAGGCUGAGAAGUCAGCUGGACGUGAGCUUGUACAUCGGCCUGCGCCUCCGCUCGGAUUUGGAGGCUAUUAGGGGCGAUUUGGAGCUCAGCCGGCAGAUUUGCAGCACCCGGGAGGAGGAGAUGAGGGAUUUGUUGGAGAAAAUGAACUCUUUGGGUCUCGAGGACGGGGCCAACACAGAGGGGGAGACAGAUGAGGACGGCGGGAUGAGGAUGAGGAUGAUGAUGAGCGUUCUGGAGAGGAAGAGUGAGUGGGUGGAGCAGGCCAGGGGUCUGUCCAAAUGUCACAGGGGGAACGACGACGACUCAGACACUGGUUUAAGCUCCUUGCACAGCCAGGAGUCUGACAGCCUGACUGUGUGCGAGUCUUUGGUCUAGACCUGAGAACUGGACCAGGGACUUGGUCACAACCUUAAGUACACAUCCAUAAUGGGAGCCAAUAGAAGGUCAGCAUCGAUGGACUUGGUAACUUGGUGCACAUCUGCAUUGAUUGACCUUCCAUCCCCUUCAAAUAGUUCCUUCUGGUGGUCAUGAUAUGAUUGAUUCAUAGCACAUAACCGCAUUUACACACAACUGCAUUGAUAACAACAUCAUCAUUAAAGUUUAUUUUUAUGAUAAUA